AUGCCCAGCGAUAUCGGGAAUAGCCUCAUUGGCCGCGUCAAGGUUACCUGGGGAUACUCCGGCAGCAACUCUGUUCGCGUAGAGGAUCUGGGCGCCGGCGAGAUCAGGCUCGAGUUGGUCGAUGAGGUGAAUGAGGAGUAUGCGAAGUUUGAGGAUGGUGACGAGAGCGAGUUGUAA